AAAAAGUAAGUAAUUGAUGGUGUAAUACCAUAAUGCGACCAAGUCAAGUUCGAUGGUGUCCGCGUCAACGGGCGAUACUUUCUCGCCUUCGAACAAUGGGAAAAGAGCUCAGGCUUUUCUACCCUGGGGAGUACACAAUGGUGAAUUGUAAAAACGAAAUUCAACAAAACCAAGACGAAGAGGUGAGGUGAGGUGAGGUGAGGUGAGAAUUCCCCCUUUUAAUCAUCAGAAAAUGGCGUCUAAGGCGGUAGCGAGCGCCCCAAUCUUCAUAGCCAAGCUCCUCCGCCACAGCAACCGCCAACUCAACCACUCUACUCUAACCGCUCCUUUGGCCUCCGCUACUAGAACAUUCUCUUCACGUCCUCCGCCACGCAACCACAAUGAUCCGAACCCAUUUUUGAGGACAGGAGAGGUGGGAGCAUGCAGAGUGGAUAAGUCAGAAAAGGAGUGCUAUAUGAGGGUGGACGUGCCCGGCAUUGCCCAGGAAGAAAUCAGAGUGUGGUCAGAGUCAGGCUUCAUUUAUUUCUACGGCAAAGAUACUAAACUCCCUCACUAUAACUACGAUGGGAGGGCCUUCGGAGGAUCCAUCAGUUUCAACCCUCAAAGCUAUGAUUCUGACGGACUUAAGGCUGAGGUCAAAAAUGGUGUUCUAUGGCUUUCCAUGCCAAGGCUCAAGGAGGAAUAGGGUGUUUGGGAUUUUCUGAUGUUAUCAAUUUUGGGGGUGAUUUUUAUGUUUCAUGUUUUUGUUUUUGUUUUUGCUUUCCACUUUGUGUGUUUUGUUGUUGUUGUGGAGGUGGAAUAGGGAAAAUUAUCAAUACUCCUUAAGCGUAUUCAGGUGGUGUUUCAAAGUAGUAAUUAUUAGUCUAAAUUAUAGGACACACUACUUUUACGUUAGAGUUAUAGGAGACAGAUGAUGUGUCUAACCUGUAAAUAGAAAGGAGCAAUGCACCAGGAGUACUGAAUAAUUUCUCUAGAAAUAGUGUGUUUGGUUUUUUGGGCUAUAAUUUCCCUGUGUGUUUUGGUUUUAAA